CCUGUAUCGUCCUCCUUACUACUUCCUGUGCUGGGCUGUCCGACAGGCGGGACGGUUGGUGGAGCUUGCGGUGUGAUCCCAGUGUAGGGGCUGGAGGGCUCCUCUCUGGAUGUUCACAUUCAAUUGCUUAGAGAGAUGGUGUCCUACCAGAAAAAGAGCAUUUUGACACUUUUUGCCUUGCUCUCUUUAUUCAUCAUAGAGUGCUUAAGUAUUGAAGAAAUUCCAGAAGAAUGGAUGCUCCUACAUGUUGUCCAGGGACAAGUAGGGGCAGGAAAUUACAGCUAUCUGAGACUUAACCAUGAAGGAAGGAUUAUACUGGAGAUGCAGAGCUUGAGAGGUGAUGCAGAUAUGUAUGUCUCUGAUGCAACCCUCAACCCCAGUUUUGAUGAGUAUGACCUACAAUCCAUGACCUGUGGCCUCGAUGUUAUAGUUGUGCCAGACCACUUCAAGCGCCCUGUGGGGAUUGGAAUCUAUGGCCAUCCUUUUUAUAUAGAGAGUGAAUUCGAAAUUCAAGUAUACUAUGACCCAACAAUACAAGAAGACCCUUUUGCUGAAGCAUCCUAUGACCCAGAACAGAUGGAGGCAAGUCACAAAAAGCAACGAAAACCCCAAUUCGAUGUAUCUCAUGAAGAAGAAUCUGUGCUACAGACUAUUCUCAUAGGGAUUCUCAAGAUCGUCCUAGAGAUUCUCUUUUAAGUGCUAUUAUAUUUCUAUACAAUUCAACAAAACUGAGAUUGUUUUUGUAAUUUAAAACUGGAAUUUUUCCAUAAAUAAUAAAGGAUAAGGUUUAGGAUAUACACAUUAUAGCAGUUGGCAUGUUUUCCUGUACUGGCACAUUAAUGGCUCUGAACUUAGCAACCAGAAGGUAUCAACCAGUUAUUUUACAAUAGGGUGUCUUACUACUAAAACACCUGUGGAUGGUAAUGGGCUUUAAGACUCCAAGGCAACAUCUUCUAAAAUAUACAAUAUUUUAUUGGGUGCCAGAUCUAUUAUGGGAUUGCUGGUUUAUUUGCUUACACUGGCUAGAAACCAUUUGUAAUUUUUUGCUUUCUGAAAAAAAUGGUAAUAUAGACUAUUUUAAUGGAGAUGUGUAUAUAUUUUUCCUAAUGAAUAAAUAUAAUUUGAUAAUUUAUAUUGUAUUUUACAAAUCAAAUAUUACAGUUUACAGGCUGGUAUCUGUAGACACCCAAUGUUUUGUACUGGGAAUAAAGUGUUAUUAGAAGA